GGGGUCGUUUGAUACCGUGUUGCUUUAGCUGCGAAUCCCCGUCAGCUCCCAAUACUCUUUUUGCAUCAAAGCCGCCUCAAACAGACCGGCUUUGCCCUUGCGAAGCUUCAACGUCUUUCUUGCUUUGUAUACCGAUCAAGAGCAUCAAUGACCGAAGGUCCUUUCACAGCGCAACCUCCUUCACCUCCCCAAUCGGUGGACGGCCACCACAACACAGGCGACGAUAGCCGAAGCAACCCAGCAGCCGCGCCUAACCCCGGACUUUCCACGCCGCCUAUGCCCAUGAGGACAAUCAUGUCACAAAAUUCUCCACAACCAACCUUCGAUCCAUAUGGCGACCCAUCACUUUAUCAGACAGCUCCAGCACCCGUCUACUAUACUCCAAGAACAAUGAUCACGUCUGCGCCUAUGCACACACCUCCUCAAGGCAUGCCCGAAAAUGGGAUCCUUACUCGCAGCGGCCGCGCCCUGGGUACACCUUCCAGUCCCAGUGCCACCACAGACUCCACACGCGCCUCGCAGUCACCUCUCGCACGACCGAGGCGUGCCUUGAAGAAAAAGCCAGCCAAAAAAGGAGGACCGGUCCUGGACCAACCACUAAGCGAGUUGACCAAGGACUACAAAACACCAGUACGAGACAUGGCCGUAUGGGUCAACCGUUCAGUGUCCGAGAGGAUGGCCGAGGUCGACAGAAAGAAGGGGUAUGUCUCCCGGCCAAUGAACUCUUUCAUGAUGUAUCGAUCGGCUUAUGCCGAUCGCGUGAAACAAUUCUGCAAGGAGAACAACCAUCAAGUCGUGUCGCAAGUGACUGGUGCAAGCUGGCCACUCGAGCCCAAGGGAGUUCGAGAACUGUAUGAGCAGCUUGCCUCGACUGAACGGGACAAUCAUCAAGCUGCACACCCGAAUUACAAGUUCGCGCCCAACAAAGCUGGAAAGAGGUCCCGACGCGACGAUGAUGACAGUGACAGUGACCCAGACUGGGAAGGCUCAAACAGGGGCUCAAAGCGUGGUCGCCGCUUUGACAGCAGGAGCGUCUCCUCCACACCCUUCGAAGAAAUCCCACCUCGCUACCAUGCGCUCCCUGCCUUGAACUUGUCAGGGUAUGAGAUCAGCAAUCCAUAUGGCAAUCAGCCAAUCAUGGUAGGCCCAGACGGUAUGAUGGGCUAUUACCAGACGACAACCACGAUGGGCCCAUAUGGCGAACAAGUCAGUGAUGUCAAGUACCAGAGAAUGGAGGAUCCAUUCCCAUCAUACCAGCAGACAAUGGGACUUGUGGGCAUGCCACAGGGUCACCAUGAGCUGUUGACAUCUCAUGCUGCACCUCGGCAAAUAGUGUCGACACAGGCUGAUAUGCUGGAUCCUCGCCUCGCGCAACCAGAUCCAAAUUUCCACUUUGGGUACUAUGAUGAUGGCAUGAACAUGGUGCAGGAGGCUCCAAGGACGAUCACCUAUGAGCCUGCUCCUCCAGCGGGGUACCAAGCUGCGGAGGCAUAUCACCCUGGGUUAGCGACGUUGACGGAGGAGCAUGACGUUUGGAGAGACCAAGCGCAGGCGUGGUCGGAUUUUGAGGCGGAGUUUCAGAAGAUGGGCUGAGGAUGGCCAUGUCAGGCAGUGAGGCCAACUGGAGAAUGAAGUGAUGGCGAGGUCGCAGGAGUGACCUUCACUUUGCAUAGCGACGGCGUUGAGUGAUAGAACUCGUGUUUCUUAUGUAUCUGUGCAACAAUCAGUCUUACCACAAACCCUGUUCUGCAUUUGUUCGUAGUAAAGAGAAUCGUAUUGUGCCAAAUCUGGGCCACUGAGGCCCGUGCAUUAUUCGACGUGACAGGUACUUGUCACCGCAAGAACGACUCUGGACAUGAGCAAGGUUUGUCACCAGAAAAAUUGAGUAGGAGAAU